GAUAUUAGUGUCGAUAUUCAAUAUACUGAUUUAUCCAUAGGGGCCGCCACGAAUACAAUUUCUUUUUGUCCAUUCCAGUUUCAAUAAGACAUCUGUCUAUAUUUUUCUCACGUUUUGUAAUUCUUAUAAACAAAGUUUUUUCUGGCAAUGCAUUAAAUAUUAUCUGUAUAAUUAUAUCUCUAAAUAUCUAAUUCUAAUUAUCUAUAUAAUUUUUACUUUGUUACUAAUAAAAAUGACGUAUUUAAAUUCGUGGGAAGAAUUCGAAAAAGGUGCUGAGAGGUUAUAUCUUCAAGAUCCAAUGAAGGCUCGGUAUACAAUGAAAUAUUGCCAUAAUAAAGGUAUUUUAUGUCUAAAACUUACAGAUAAUCGAACGUGUCUACAAUAUAAAACGGAAAUAGCACAGGACUUGAAGAAAAUGGAAAAAUUUAUAGGAAAUUUGAUGAGGCAUAUGGCAUCUAAGGAGAGCUAAAUAAGGACUAGAUAAAAUUAGGGACAUUUUUAAAUCAAGGAAUAAAAGUGCUGCGCAUUUAAUUCAUGUUUAUGUUGUUCCAUUUCAUAAGAUUCAGUGACUGAUGGGAUUAUAGAUAUUUAAUUUGAAUGAGGUAUAAAAAUUUUCUUAAAUAUACAAUAUGUGCAUAAA